AUGAUUUGGAGUAGCUACAUCAAGUCAGCAAUCGCUCUUCCCCUUUUGGGACCAGGAAUCAUAGUCAGCACUCUUAUAUUUGUGAGAUAUGUGUAUACUUUUGUCAAAGUACCUGAGAAAAGACCUAUAAAUUCCAUUCUUAUACACUUGGUUUUCUCAAACGUGGUCAUAAUUUCUGUUGGAGGUAUUGGAAUCAUUUCAACAGUUUUUUGUUUCAGAAACUUCCCAGGUAAUGUAGGAUCUAAAACUAUGGUUUACCUGGGGCGGGUGGCACGGGGCCUCUCCAUCUGUACCACCUGUCUCCUCAGCAUGGUCCAGGCCAUUACCAUCAGUCCCAGGAACAGCCUGUGCAGAAAGCUCAAGCCGCAGACUGCAUGGCAAGUUCUUCCCCAUGUUCUCCUCUUUUGGGUUUGUAAUUUUUUGAUAAGUUCCAACUUGCUUUACUAUGUCACAAUAAUCAAUAGCACUAAUUGUUCUGGAAUUGGAAUGUAUAUUAGCAAGUGCUACAUGCUACCAUCUCAGCAGAUGGUUAGGUGGCUUUUUCUUUCUCUCAUGACUCUUCGAGAUAUUACCUUCCAGAGUCUCAUGAGCUGGAGCAGUGUGGAUAUGGCCGUCCAUCUGCACAAACAUCACAAGCGUGUCUUUUACCUGCAUAGCUCCAAGUUUAGAAACAAUUCCAGCCCAGAAAUCACAGCUAUCCAAAAUACUCUCAUUCUCAUGACCUGUUUCCUUUUCUUUUAUUGGGCAGAUUUCAUUUUCUCCUUCUAUAUAGGGUCAAUCACAACACCUCAUACAACAAUAGUAAAUAUUAAAUUGUUUCUAGAACUUGGUUUUGCCAUUCUCAGCCCAUACGUGCUGAUUAGCAGGGAUAUCCACGUGGUUAAUUGCUGGCAUUGUCACUGA